AUGUUUGCCAUCGACAUCUCUGUGGCGGCGCCUUUUGCCUCCAUUGUGGACGCCAGUGCCUCCAGCAGCACCGUCACCAUCAGGAACACGCUUGUGCAGCCCGUCGCCCGCAUCUCGCCGGCAAGUCAGACUGUGGACGAAGGCUUGCCUGGGCAACCGACUUCUGCCGGGGCCCAAGUGUCGCUGACUGCUCAGCCGGCCUCCGACAUCACUGUGAACUUCACCACGCGUGACAUCACAGCCACCGCGGGUGCUGACUACACUGCCACGAGCGGGUCGCUGACAUUCACGCCUGCCAACUGGGCUGGGCCCCAACAAGUCACUGUUGGCAUCCUGCCAGACGUGCUGCUUGAGGCGAAUGAAACGUUUGCCAUCGACAUCUCUGUGGCGGCGCCUUUUGCCUCCAUUGUGGACGCCAGUGCCUCCAGCAGCACCGUCACCAUCAGGAACACGCUUGUGCAGACUGUGGACGAAGGCUUGCCUGGGCAACCGACUUCUGCAGGGGCCCAAGUGUCGCUGACUGCUCAGCCGGCCUCUGACAUCACUGUGAACUUCACCACGCGUGACAUCACAGCCACUGCGGGUGCUGACUACACUGCCACGAGCGGGUCGCUGACAUUCACGCCUGCCAACUGGGCCGUGCCCCAACAAGUUACUGUUGGCAUCCUGCCAGACGUGCUGCGUGAGGCGAAUGAAAUGUUUGCCAUCGACAUCUCUGUGGCGGCGCCUUUUGCCUCCAUUGUGGACCCCAGCGCCUCCAGCAGCACCGUUACCAUCAGGAACACGCUUGUGCAGGUACCCCGCGUUUGCUUUUGGCAGUAA